UGGAGGAGGCGGAGGCGACGCGGGCCACAAGGCGAGCGAGCGAGUUAGCGACGAAGACGUUGAGAGAAGAAGAAGACGGGGGAAGGGGGGAUCCCGUCCACAGCCCGCGGAGACACCCGGAGAACCCUCGCGCGGAGCUCCGCCGUCGCCCACGGGCCCGGGGGCAGGAGACCGAACCGCUCGCGCGAGUCUCGGAAGCGAGAAGCACCCGGGGCGUGAGGGAAGGGACGGCGGAGGCGAGGGCUGGUUGAGCCGAGGCCUAGCGGCCGAGAGCGCGGCUCCGCGCUGCCGUGGGGCUUGCCCGUGUCGCCAGCGUUGUCUUCUUGCUGGGUCUCCCAGUGUCCGCCGCCGCGUCUUCUGGGAGAUCCUGCAGACCCCGAUGUCUCCUUGUCCCGUUCUAUAGACUCCCCUUGUCCCGUCCUAUAGACUCCCCUUGUCCCGUUCUAUAGACUCCCCUUGUCCCGUUCUAUAGACUCCCCUUGUCCCGUUCUAUAGACUCCCCUUGUCCCGUCCUAUAGACUCCCCUUGUCCCGUUCUAUAGACUCCCCUUGUCCCGUUCUAUAGACUCCCCUUGUCCCGUUCUAUAGACUCCCCUUGUCCCGUCCUAUAGACUCCCCUUGCCCCGUUCUAUAGACUCCCCUUGUCCCGUACUAUAGACUCCCCUUGUCCCGUUCUAUACACUCCCCUUGUCCCGUUCUAUAGACUCUCCUUGUCCCGUUCUAUAGACUCCCCUUGUCCCGUUCUAUAGACUCCCCUUGUCCCGUUCUAUAGACUCCCCUUGUCCCGUCCUAUAGACUCUCCUUGUCCCGUUCUAUAGACUCCCCUUGUCCCGUUCUAUAGACUCGCCUUGUCCCGUUCUAUAGACUCCCCUUGUCCCGUCCUAUAGACUCCCCUUGCCCCCCGCGAGACCUCCCCCGACGUGCCCCUCCGCUGCCCGGGCUGCGGGCCCCGCUACCCGGCACGUGCUGCCAUGGGCAUCCUCUUCUCAAAACUCUGGCGCCUAUUUAACAAUGAAGAGCACAAGGUUAUUGUGGUGGGGUUGGACAACGCCGGGAAGACGACGAUACUCUAUCAGUUCCUGAUGAACGAGGUGGUGCACACCUCCCCGACGAUAGGCAGCAACGUGGAAGAGAUCGUGGUGAAGAACACGCACUUCAUCGUGUGGGAUAUCGGAGGGCAGGAGUCUCUGCGCACCUCCUGGAACACGUACUACACCAACACCGAGUUUGUGAUCGUGGUGAUUGACAGCACGGACCGCGAGCGACUGGCCAUCACCAAGGAGGAACUGUACCGCAUGCUCGCCCACGAGGAUCUCCGCAAGGCGUCCGUGCUCAUCUUCGCCAACAAGCAGGACAUGAAGGGCUGCAUGUCGGCCGCGGAGAUUUCCCAGUACCUGAAGCUGACGUCCUUCAAGGACCACCCGUGGCACAUCCAGGCCUGCUGUGCCCUCACGGGAGAGGGGCUUUAUCAGGGCUUAGAGUGGAUGACUUCCGAGCUGGGUGUAAGAUAAUACCUCAACACGGUUGGCAUACCAUCGUGGGAAAUGAGAAGAGAAAAUAAAAUACAAACAUUGCUCGUUACCGAGAGACAUUUCAGUGACAACGUAUAAAAACAUAAUCAUUAAGUUAAUAGAGAAACAAAAAAGGACAGACACUCUCGCAAACAGGACAACUAAUUACCCAGCAACGUUUGUCAUGAGCCAGCAUCUGAACGAUAAAACACUUGAACGACGCGGGUCACUGGAGGCUGUGUCCUGCCGAAGGGGGCUUCGUGACGUCGCAAAGUGCUCUCUCUCACAUCCUCCCCCAGCUCCCCCAGCGCUUCGUCAGCCCAGCCGCCCGCCUGACCACUCCCCUGCUCGCCUACACCAUCCGCAACUCCCCUAACCCCCCCCCCCUCCCCCGCCGCUCUCAACAACACUUAAAACUGUCACGGAGUUCUGUCGGCCACGGCGAGCGAGCGGCCAAGUGGCCGCAGCAACUGUCCUGAACGCCAAUAGCGGUCGCCUGCGCCUGGAUGCGAGUUCAUCGCUGGGCCACACGUCAAUCCAAAACGUGGGUCCCCCCGCACACACACAUCUCCCGAGGUGCGAGAGGGAGCGAGCGACACUCAUGCUAAAACCUGCGACAUCACGGAUUUCUCCUGCGAGGUGCAACGCUGCCCUUCGGCGCCUCCCGUGGGCUGCGCGAGAGAGAGAGAGGGGUGGGGGGUGUAAGCGUCGAGGGUGGCCGCGGCGUUGGGGCUACUUCUCGAGAAUUACUCCGCGGGGUUCUCCCCCCUCCUCCGGCCACCUCCAAGGAAACGGCACGUCCCGGCGGCUGGUCGCGGCUGGUUUUGUCUCCACCGUGGACGCGCCGCGUCAGGCAGCUCCCCCCCCCCCCCCCCCUCGCUCCGUCGGCGUUGGUUCGCGCGUGUCUCCGGUCGGUCGUGUUUACGAGCAGCUCCACCGUGGCGUGGAUUGUUCCCAGCUUCAGGCCUCGGGAGCUCUCAACCUAAGCAACGUUUUCAUGCCGACAGAUUUGCCUCCACCUGUGCGUGUGCGUGCGUGCGUACGUGUGCGUGUGGGUGCGUGUGUGGCCUCAACGUGCACAUAGCCUGGCACAAGCGCCGCGGUGACGUCACCACCACUUAGUGGCGAAUGGCGGUUGUUGUGUGUGUGUGUGUGCACUUGAUCGGGGUGCAUGCUAAGCUAUGGCAACACGAAGAAGCCACUUUGUCUUGAAAUUUGAGUAAAUUUGGUAUAUUUUUUGGUCAUUUGAAAAGUGUGAUCAUUUCAGCGUCACGGUGUGUCUUCCACACUUUACAAACUUAUUUUUGUAUCCAAGGCCAACAAUUUCAUUUCAGGUUGUCAUUGGCUAAUCCACAAAUAUCUAUUGGCAACUUUAUCAGAAUAACAUAACUUUUGGUCGUUAAAGAUCGUGGCAUAAGUGGCCUCGUGUUCCCUGGGGCUUUGAACACAGCUGAUGGUUCAAUGGACGUGUAAAUUCUAGCCCACAUUCGUUUAUGUUUGCUCCCCAAAGACCUGAGGUCGAGAACCAUCAUCGGAAACCAUCAUAUUUCCAGACUCGCUGUGUUCACGGCCGCGGGGUUUUAUGAUUAGCAGAUGGCUUGCGAUGUUCUUUGUUACAGUAUUUUUGUCGUUACCGCAGGUGGUUUUUUUUAGAUUGUGUGAAAAUCCUGCUUCGUUUUGAGGCCCUUUGCUAGACUGUUUCACCCGCAGUCUCUGCGCACCUCUCAUCUCCCAAUGCCUGCACGCACGUCCCCUUUAUUUAUGUUUGAGAAUAAAGGCAGCUGUGACGCAGCGGUGGGUUUGGCACAUGAACAGGGAAGCGGCCGGCAGCUAUUCACUGCGGCCGUCGUAUUUUUUUUGUAAUAAAAGUUAUUGCAUUAAAAAUAAGCGAUUGAAAUCAG